UUCGGGUCACUUUUCACUCGGAUUUCUCCAAUCGGGGCAAUGGUUUCAAACUCCGGUGGAAAGCCUUCUCUAUGGGCUGGUGUGACGCCAAUGAGACCUUCAUUAGGGAACCCGAGUCCGGGACCGACACCAACACUACUGGUGAUGAGGACUUUAUCGAUAGUCCCGGUUAUCCCGACUUGAAUUUACCGCAAUUGAAUUGCUCGCUGAGUAUUGUAGCCAAAAGUCAUAAGCGGGUUGUGCUGACGAUCAUUGACUUUGAUUUGGAUGACUUCGGCGAAGAGUUUUGCAAAUUUGAUAACUAUUUGAGCGUAGAUUUGGGACAAUCAAAGACAGUACAACUCUGCGGAUCGUUAAACACACGCAAUAUUUUCAUAGGGCAACAAUUUAUAUCGUACGGCAAUACCAUGAAAGUGCAUUACAUCACCUCAACCUCGUUGGUCACAAUGCAGUCAAAACGGGGCUUUCGGUUCAGCUACCGGUUCGCGGACACGACGGCCCGGAUAUCAUCGCUGAUGGAACUGUCAGCCGCCCAGACGGGCAAAGUUGCAAACCUUAAUUACCCGCACGAGUGUCCCAACGACUAUCACAUCUAUCUCAAGGCUGAGAUCUCGCACCAGAUAGAGCUCCGGCUGCCGAGACUCACGUACAUGAAGAUCAAUGACGGCCCGCGC